AUGGAGUAUUAGAAAAGGUCUAAAAGGCUAGACAGUGAGGUCAGUGAUUCAAGUGUAUCAUAGAAAAUAUCUAAAAAGUCAAAGAAAAUCAAAAAAGAAAAAGAGCAUAAGAUCAAGAAUAAGGUUAUAGAAAAUGUAGUCAGUUUUGAAGAUGAAUCAGAUUUUGAAGUUGUACCUUAGUAAAACGAAAUUAAUAAAAAAGAAGCAAAGUUGCAAGCUAAAACAGAAAAGAGCAGAAAUUACUUCAAAGAAACCAAAAGAAAUUUUACUAUUUCAGUAGUUGUUCCUUCUUCGAUUAUUGAUAAUGCCUAAUCUCUUGAACUUAAAACAUAUCUUGUAGGCUAAAUAGCUAAAGCCUGCGGGCAAUUCUCAGUCAAUGAGAUUAUUGUAUUCUCAAACGAUAGGUCAUCAUAAAUGAAGAAUCUCCCAAGUGAUGGAAAUGUUACCACCACAGAAUUCUUCGUUAAAAAUCUAGAAUAUAUAGAAACUCCUUAAUAUCUUAGGAAGGCACUUUUUCCACGUCAUUCUGCUUUGAGGUAUACAGGAUUAACAAACCCCUUAGAAGCACCUCACCAUCUCAAGAUAACUGAAUGGUGUAAAUAUAGAGAAGGAGUAGUAAUAAAUAGACCAGUUAGUUAUGGUAAAGGUUCUUGGGUUAAUAUAGGACUGCCAAAAGAUUGCUAAGUUGAUAUAAAAAUUGAAGAAGGUACUAGAGUCACUGUGAAAUUAAAUGAAAAUGGAUUUGAUAACACUAAAUAUUACUCUGGAGUGGUAGUGAGCUAAACUGAGCCUACUGAUGAGUUUGGGUACUUUUGGGGAUAUAAUGUUAGAGUAGCAUAGAAAUUUGAAGAUAUUGUUGAAUAAUGCCCUUUCGAAGAUGGGUCAUAUGACCUAAAGAUAGGAGUCAGUGAAAAUGGGGAAACUCCAGAGUUUAUAGAUUAUACAAAAUACUCAGAUUUUAAGCAUGCACUUGUCUUCUUUGGAGGUUUAGAAGGUAUUGAAGGUAUUAUUGAACAAGAUGAAAGAACUAAACUAAGUACUGUAGCUAUUAAGAAAAUGUUUGAUUUAUUAGUAAAUCCUCUGCCUGAGAGAGGUACAAGAACAAUUCGUACAGAAGAAAAUAUUCUAGUCACACUUUCCUCCUUAUAUCCUAAAUUUAGAUAGUUUGGUGCUCAUCUCUAGAAUUGA